AUGCAUAUCAGCACACCUAGAGUCAUUGCUUGUCUUUUUCAACUCUCGUUUUUUUAUACACAGCACUCUGCCGCGACCGAAGAUAAAACCGAGAAGAAACUUAAGCCAUGCACUAUCUAUUCACCGAACACCGGGGCAUACUUCGACCUCAAUACAAUUACCUUGUCUCCACCAGAGACCAAAGAUGGGAAGAAGGUUCGACUCGAUGAUAGGGAGGAUAGUUGGCACGCUAGGGGAUAUGAUUAUGGUGCCAACUUCACAAUCAAUUUCUGCGCACCGGUAAUUGAAAAAUUACAGGAUGUGGUGGGCGUGGAAAAAGAAAGAUGGCAGAAUGUUAGCGCCUUUUAUAAGUUGGAUGGCAAGACAUAUUCAAUUGGGCAACAAGCCACGGAUUUGGUAUUUCGUGGUCGCAAACUCGUCUUGAACUACACAGACGGUUCUCCAUGCCCAGCAACGCCAAAAUCGAAACCAGAGCGAGCCCUAAUUUCCAGAAAUCCUCGAGAACGGAGCCAAGAUGACGAUGAGGAUAACGAAGAUGAUGAUAAAAAGGGUGAUGAGAAGAAAGGCUCUGAAUCGGAAAGAAAAAAAUCGACUAUCAUGUCCUUUCUUUGCGAUCGAGAUCUUGUCUCCCCUGCAGUUGCUGCGUCUUACGUUGGGACAAUUGACUCUUGUACCUAUUUCUUUGAAAUUCGAAGCGCAGUCGCCUGCGGCGGGGUGGCUACGAACACGGACGGCGGAGUCGGUCCCGCAGGCGUUUUUGGCAUCAUAGCCGGAAUUGCUAUUGCUGCCUAUCUUAUUGGUGGUUGCGCGUAUCAACGCACAGUUAUGCACCAAAGAGGAUGGAGGCAAUGUCCCAAUUUUGCGAUGUGGAACGGAAUGCUUGGGUUUGUGAAAGAUAUGGCCAUAAUUUUAUUCUCGUCUGUUCUGGGCUGUUUUAAAUCUAGCGGAGGGUACACGCGUUUACCCCUCGGACAAGAUAACGGCAAUUCUCACCGCCGAGGACUUGUCGGUGCGAUUGGCGGGAGAGGCCCUUCAAAUUCAAAUACUGUCCGCGGGAGAAGACACGACGUUGACGAGGAAAACAGACUAAUUGAUCAGCUAGACGAAGAAUGGGAAGACUAA